CCUUUCUUCAAUGGAGCUAACUAUGCCUAUUGGAAGAAUAGAAUGAUGUACUUCAUCCAAGCAAGUGACAUGGGAGCAUGGAAUGCUGUAGAAGAAGGAUACAUCAAACCUCUCACUCAUCCAAGGUUGUGGAGUGAAGGAGAGACAAGAAUGUUCCAGCUCAACUCCAAAGCCAUCCAUAUCAUUUUUUGUGCUCUUGGACUAGAUGAAUACGGAAGAGUUUCAUCGUGUACAACCGCCAAAGAAAUAUGGUACAAACUUCAAGUCACUCAAGAAGGUACCGAUGAGGUAAAGAAAUCUAAAAUUAGUAUUCUAACGCAUAGCUAUGAAAAUUUCAGGAUGAAACCAAAUGAAGAUAUCAAAGCUAUGACAGAUAGAUUUUCAACGAUUGUCAAUGGUCUCAAAUCAUAUGGAGAGAUCAUUUCAAAUGAAAAGCUUGUGAGGAAGUUAGUCUACUCCCUCCCAAAAUCGUGGCAAUCAAAGAAGACGGCAAUCAUCGAGUCUAAGGACUUAACGUCCUUAACUCUUGAAGAGCUAAUUGGGUCACUCCUCACUCAUGAAAUGAUGUCAUGGUACCUUGAUAGUGGAUGCUCAAGACAUAUGACCGGAGACAAAAGCCGGUUCAUUGAGCUUAACGCCAAAAAUGGAGGAGAAGUGACUUUUGGAGACAAUUCAAAAGGUCACAUUGAAGGUAUUGGUACAAUAGGUAAUACCUCUUCCAUACAAAUUAAGAAUGUUUUAUAUGUGAAUGGAUUAAAGCAUAAUCUAUUAAGUAUUAGUCAAUUAUGCGAUAAAGGAUUCAAUGUCUUAUUUGAAAUUAAUGGUUGUAAAGUCAUUGACAUUGCAUCUAAUCGGAUUAUGCUUGUUGGUCAUAGAAUAGGGAACAUUUACAUGGUGCAUUUAGAUUCUUUUGAUAUGACUAAUUUAUGCCUAGUUGCUAAAGAUGAACAUGAUAGUUGGUUAUGGCAUAGGAGACUAGGACAUGCUAGUAUGAGUGUUUUGCAACGGCUAAUUCAAGGUGAUUUAGUUCGAGGGUUGCCUAAGCUUAAAUUUGAUAAUGAUAAAAUCUGUGAUGCUUGUGCUAAAGGAAAACAAAAGCGUGUUUCUUUUAAAUCCAUUAAUGACGUAUCAACUAGUAGAGUAUUACAGUUGAUCCAUGUAGAUCUUUUUGGGCCAACUAGGACUACUAGCUUGGGUGGAAAACAAUAUGCAUUUGUCUUGGUAGAUGACUAUUCUAGAUAUACUUGGGUUCUAUUUUUAAGGACUAAAGAUGAAGCAUUAGAACAGUUCAUCACAUUUUCAAAAAUAAUCCAAAAUGAAAAGGGUUACUCUAUAACUAGUGUUAGGAGUGAUCAUGGCACUGAAUUUGAAAAUCUUGGAUUUAUUGAAUUUUGUAAUUCUAAUGGUAUUAGUCAUAAUUUUUCAGCACCUAGAACCCCUCAACAAAAUGGAGUUGUUGAGAGGAAAAAUCGAACUUUAGAAGAAAUGGCUAGAACCAUGCUUUGUGAAAAUAAUUUGCCAAAAUAUUUUUGGACGGAAGCCACAAAUACCGCUUGUUAUGUUGUAAAUCGAGUAAUGAUUAGGCCAAUUUUAAAGAAAACUCCAUAUGAAAUUUUCAAAAAUAAAAAGCCUAACAUUAGUUAUUUUCAUCCUUUUGGAUGUAAAUGUUUUGUUUUAAACAACGGUAAAGAAAACCUUGGCAAAUUUGAUGCUAAAAGUGAUGAAGGAAUUUUUCUGGGUUAUUCCUUAAAUUCUAAAGCCUAUCGUGUAUUUAAUAAAAGAACUUUAGUUGUAGAAGAGUCUAUACAUGUUGUUUUCGAUGAAGCAAUUAGAAUGUUAUUAGCAUUUGCAUGUUUUCAUGAAUUUAAAUUAUAUCAAAUGGAUGUUAAAAGUGCAUUUUUAAAUGGUUUUAUAAAAGAAGAAGUGUAUGUGGAACAACCUCCAGGUUUUGAAGAGUCAAAAUUUCCAGAUCAUGUUCUUAAAUUGACAAAAGCUCUUUAUGGUUUAAAACAAGCUCCUAGAGCUUGGUAUGAAAGACUGUCAAAUUUUUUAAUUGAAAAAGGUUUUUCAAAAGGAAAUGUUGACACUACAUUGUUUUUAAAGCAUAAAGGUAAAGAUUUAUUAGUAGCUCAAAUUUAUGUUGAUGAUAUAAUAUUUGGUUCUACUAAUGAUGUUCUUUGCCAAGAAUUUUCUAAGCUAAUGCAAAGUGAGUUUGAGAUGAGCAUGAUGGGGGAGCUCUCAUUUUUCUUGGGACUCCAAAUCAAGCAAAGAAAAGAUGGCAUCUUCAUUUAUCAAGCUAAGUACGUCAAAGAUAUGCUCAUGAAGUUUGGACUGGAAAAUGGGAAACCUCAUGACACUCCAAUGAGCUCUUCAACAAAGCUUUACUUAGAUGAAGGAGGUAAAUGUGUAGAUGUUAAAUUAUAUAGGUCAAUGAUUGGCUCUUUGCUUUAUCUAACUGCAAGUAGACCGGACAUUAUGUUUAGUGUUUGCUUAUGUGCUAGAUUUCAAUCAUGUCCUAAGGAAUCACAUUUACUAGCUGUUAAGAGAAUCUUUAGAUACUUUAAGGACACUCCUAGUUUAGGACUUUGGUAUCCUAGAGACUCUAGCUUUAACUUGCAUGCUUUUUCUGAUGCGGAUUAUGGAGGAUGUAAAAUAGAUAGGAAAAGCACCUCCGGUACUUGCCAAUUCCUUGGAAAUAUGCUGAUUUCUUGGUUUUCAAAGAAACAAAAUUGUGUUGCAUUAUCUACCACUGAAGCGGAAUAUAUUUCAGCCGGUAGUUGUUGUGCACAAGUUUUAUGGAUGAAACAACAACUUUUUGAUUAUGGAAUUGAAGUAGGUACUAUUCCUAUCAAGUGUGACAAUACUAGUGCUAUUUGUCUCACUAAAAAUCCCAUCCAACACUCUAGAACUAAACACAUUGAAAUUAGACAUCACUUCAUUAGAGACCAUGUCACUAAGGAAGAUUUAGUUCUAGAAUUUGUUGAUACUUUGCAUCAAUUAGCGGAUAUUUUUACAAAACCCUUAGAUAAGGAAAGGUUUUGGACACUUAGGAGA